CAAAUCCCCAUUCCCCAAGUCGUUUCCUCCAGUCGAGCUGUGUUCCCGGCGAUCAAGAUAGCAAGAUGGUUUCCGCCGACGCCGCCCGCAACAUCGUCGGCAUCGUCGGCAAUGUCAUCUCCUUCGGGCUCUUCCUCUCCCCUGUGCCGACGUUCUGGCGGAUCAUCAAGGCCAAGGACGUGGAGGAGUUCAAGCCGGACCCCUACCUGGCGACGCUGCUCAACUGCAUGCUCUGGGUCUUCUACGGCCUCCCCAUCGUCCACCCCAACAGCAUCCUCGUCGUCACCAUCAACGGGAUCGGGCUCGUCAUCGAGAGCGCCUACCUCAUCAUAUUCUUCAUCUACGCCACCAGGAACACACGGUUGAAGAUGCUCGGCGUGCUCACCGUCGAGGCCUUGUUCAUGGUGGCCGUGGUGGCCGGCGUGCUCCUCGGCGCCCACACCCACGAGAAGCGCUCCAUGAUCGUCGGCAUCCUCUGCGUCAUCUUCGGCUCGGUCAUGUACGCCUCCCCGCUCACCAUCAUGGGUAAAGUGAUCAAGACCAGGAGCGUGGAGUACAUGCCAUUCGUCCUCUCCCUGGUGAACUUCCUCAACGGCUGCUGCUGGACGGCCUAUGCGCUCAUCAAGUUCGACCUCUACAUCACGAUCCCCAAUGGACUCGGUGCCGUCUUUGGCCUCGCCCAGCUGAUCCUCUACGGCUGCUACUAUAGGUCGACUCCCAAGAAGGGGAAGAAUGUCGAGCUGCCUACCGUCAAAGUCACAAAGAACAGCGUUGGCGGCGGCAGGGUCUCCGUCACCGUUGAGAAAUAAGCUUGGCUUGCAGCAGUAGGCCCGCCGUCGCCAAGUGAUCCAAUCAAGCCGGCGGCAGAGAUUUUUAGCCCGUGAUAUUUUGAGUAGUAGUUAAUUUAGCACAAGAUAUUUUGAGUUAGUUAAUUCCGGAUGAUGGUGCCGGUAUCUGUUAGAUAGUUGAGUGUGCCUGUCCUUUAGUUUCGUGAAACAUUCUCGUCUGCCCUAGUGCAAAUUCGAAGUAACUAUAUACUCCAAUUGCAAACUAUACUAUAUAUGUGCCUGCGUGAUAUGCAUGAUAUGGAUUGUUAAUUA